CUUGGAGCGAUCGGUGCCGGCGGUUGUGCGAUCGAAAGACGAAGUUUGCCGCGAAACUUUCGAGAAAAGCGCUCGCCGAAAAGCUCCCCCAAAGUUGGAUGUUCGACGGGCGGAAAUAAUACACAUAGGCAUCAAGCCGCUGUUGCAUCGCGCUGCGCCGGAGAUACAGAGGCAAACUGAAAAAGGAUUGAUUUUAAUCCCGCAAAAAGCGCCUUUGAUCUACAACGACGUAAUACAACGGUAGCCAGACACAGAAUAAUAAUUAUUCUUCGGAAUAACGUGCCGGAAUAAAAGGGAGAAAGGCCGAAAAAAGGGCCGAAGAGCGAGCGAGUGCGUCGCCGCAUUUCGACCGGAAUGGACUUUGUAUUAACCGGAGUAAAGGAAGAUACCGUCGAAUGAAAUUACUUUUCAGCGGCGCAUAUUUUUGAGUCGACAGAGACACAAUGGGUCCGAUGUUCCUGCAACUGGUCUGCUGCCAGUUUUUGACGGGAUUAGUUUGGACGCUGUCGAGCGGCGGCGGUCUGAAAUGGGUGAGAGUGAACGUACCGCAGUAUCGCGUGCCUGGCGAAACGGCUCUCCUCCAAUGCGAUUUCGAUCUGGGAAACGACACGUUGUACGCAGUCAAAUGGUACAAGGAGCACGAGGAGUUCUACAGAUUCGUGCCCAAAGCCAGACCGCAGGCCAAUUCGUACGAAGUCGAUGGAGUACACGUUGACUUAUCCAAAUCCGAUAGAAAAAGAGUAGUUUUACACCCGGUGAGUUGGAGAACCAGCGGCGUCUUCAGAUGCGAAGUGUCCGCAGAAGCACCUUCGUUUGCAUCGGCUCAAAGCGAAGCAAGAAUGGAAAUCAUAUCUCUGCCCGAAGAGGAUCCCAUAAUAACAGGCGUCGAAAUCCAGUACCAAAUAGGCGAUAUUAUAAACUUGAAUUGUACGUCCGGUAAAAGCCACCCGGCUUCGAUACUUCACUGGUACAUCAACGAACAACAGAUCCAAAGGCCCGACGCCCUGGUGGUGUACCCGCCGACCCACCACCCCAUGGGCCUCAUCUCCUCCACGCUGGGCCUGACGUUCAAGCUGACCGAGCAGCAUUUCAGGGGCGGCUCGAUGCGUGUCAAGUGCGUCGCCUCCAUAGCGCCGAUCCUCUACAGGAGCGACAGGGAGAGCGUCGUGCAGAGCAAGAGCGUGCCCCUUCGAGAGGCCCUCCUACUCGGUGAGUGGUCCAUCCGCCUUGCUAGGUUUGAUGUGAAAAGUUCAUCGGGUCAUCUAUCGGCUUCUUUGGGGAGCGUGCUUGUAACUUGGGCUAUCAUGUUGGUGACAUAAACGCGGGGAAGUACCCGAUGAGGCGCGUUGCUCAAAAGACAUUCGGUGUUUCUCUUGCCGAUUUAAUGCUGUGAUAAAAUCGAACUUAUUUAGUGUGAAUAUGUGGUAUAUGUAAGCUCGUUCUCUAUUGUACAUAGCUAUGAUUCUGUAUAUUUAGAGGUUUUAUUAAAUAUGUGGAAAUUUA